AUGUCCUGUCCCGUAUGCAAACUCAAAAUUGAUUGCCUUCGGAAACCGAUUGGCGGCGGCUCUUCGGCAAGGUCCUGCUCGUCCUCGUCGUCGGACGAAGACCUCAAUGAACGACCACCACCACCGUCAGCAGCAGCAGCAGCAGCAGCGCAGCGGAGGAAGUACUCGUACCAGCCGACGCAGCAAGACUUGCCCUCGCCGCCGGUCGACAGUAUCGGGCUUGUCGUCGCUGUCGUAGACGGUCCGCAGGAGCAGCAGCAGCAGCAGCAACGCACAGUCGGUAGGGGUUUCGCGGUGGCCGCCGAACAGCCGCAGGAGCAUCAGCAGCGACCAGCACUCGCAGCCGAGGACGACGAGGAGCAGCAAGGCGAGGAACGGCAGCUAGCGGCUCCGCACGCCCAUCGUUCUCGCCCGGCUGUGGCCGAUCGGGAGAAGGAGGAACGGGAGGGCGACGACGGUCGUCGUCCUGCUGCUGCUGUCGCCACCCCCACAGCCAGUCGUCGCCGGUCGCGCGCCGUCCUCGUGCCAGCUGCCGGCGGAAGUGGGGGCAGAAGCGGAGAAGGCGGUAGUGAGGAAGGUGCCGGCAGUAGUGGUAGUGUCGGAGGAUCGAAGCGUCGCAGCACCAGAGCGUCCGCAGCGCAGCGUCACAGUAGUAGCGUCACAGCAGCGGCGGCUCCCGUGGACAGUGGUGAAGCAGUGCACCAUCAGCCCGACGAUACUGGCACGGUGAGCCGGCCAGCACGCUCGUCGUCCUCAGCUCCAGCCACUUCGAGCUCGUCCGGCGCUGCGUCGACGUCGUUGCUGCGUCAGCACGGCUCGGGUGGUACGAGCGGCGGCCAUUCACUUCACCAGCAACCUAAUCGGUCCGCACGCGCGUUAGACACUGCCACCGAUAGCAACAAAGACUCGGUGCAUCGCGCAGCCGGCGGCGACGACGACGACGACGACGAAGAAGAAGAAGACGGGGAGGAACCGGCGACAGAACAGCACGGUGCAGUAGUGGAGGAGGCGGGCAACCGUUACUCUAUCGCCGUGAGUAGCGAGCAACAGCAGCAGCGUAGUGACGACGACGACAACAACGACUGCAGUCCACGCUCGAAGCGCCGUCGAAAGAUGCUGAACGAUAACGUCGGCAGUGGUGGUGGUAAUCGGAACGGAGCAGCACCGGGUGGUGGCACCCCCGCCUCAACUGCUUCCCCGAUGGACGCAUCAAACUGUGAUCAAAAUGGUCACACCGUGGCCAACAGCAGCAGCAGCAGCAGCAGUAGUAAUAGUAAUAAUGCCACCGUUAGCAAUAGCAACAACAACCCGGCCGAGAACGAUAACGGCAUGGGCAACAGCAGCAACGGACUGACCACGAACGGUGAGGCCGGUGGCGGCGGCGGCAGCGGCAGCGGUGGCUCAUCGCGCCCAUCGCCCGCCCACCGCACGGUGAAGCUGGACCGCACCAACCAGGACAUCGUGCGGCUGAUCGGGCAGCACCUGAAGGACAUUGGGCUGGAGCGCAGUGCCGAGAUGCUGAUGCAGGAGGCGGGCUGCUGCCUGGAGCAUCCGGCCGCGUCCAAGUUCCGCAUCCACGUGCUGUCCGGCGACUGGAACAAGGCCGACCACGACCUGCAGGAGCUCCAGUCGCUGGUGGACAUCCGGAGCGAUCGGGCCAGCCUGAACGAGAUGAAGUUUCUGCUGCUCGAGCAGAAGUACCUCGAGUAUCUGGAGGAGGGCCGCCCGAUCGAUGCGCUGCACGUGCUGCGCAACGAGCUGACGCCGCUGCAGCACAAGACGCCCCGCGUCCACCAGCUGUCCUCGUACAUGAUGUGCACGAACAAUGCGGAGCUGUACGCGCGGGCAGGGUGGGAGGGCAAGGGGCCGAAGUCGCGCACCCGGCUGAUGGACCGGCUGCAGUCGUACCUGCCGGCGACGGUGAUGCUGCCCCCGCGGCGGCUCCGCUCCCUGCUCGUGCAGGCGGUGGAGCUGCAGAACGACCGCUGCCAGUGCCACGACAUGACGUGGAGCACCAGCAUCGACAGCGUGUCCCUGCUCGUCGACCACAACUGCAGUGCGGACGGGUUCCCGCUCCAGCCGCUGCAGGUGCUGAACGACCACUCGGACGAGGUGUGGUUCUGCAAGUUCUCGCCCGAUGGGCGCCGGCUAGCGACGGGCUCGAAGGACAACAGCGUGAUCGUGUGGGAGGUCGAUCCGGUGAAGCUGCUGCUGCGCAACAAGCGCUCCUUCGAGGGGCACACGUACGGCGUGUCGUACAUUGCCUGGAGCCCGGACUCGAAGCACUUCAUUGCGUGCGGGCCGGACGACUGCCCGGACCUGUGGAUCUGGGACGUGGAGCAGGAAAAGCUGGUGACCAAGUUUUCCCACUCGACCGACGACAGCCUCACCUGUGCGGCGUUCAAUCGGGACGGCACGCGUUUUGUGACCGGUGGCACCCGCGGCCAGUUCUAUCUGGUCGAUCUCGACGGCAUCCUGCACGACAACUGGGAGGGGGUGCGCGUCAACGGGCUGUCCUUCCUGUCGGACAACAAGACGGUACUGGCGGCCGACACGCACUACCGGAUACGGGGGUACAGCUUCGACAAUCCGCGCACCGACUACGGCAUCGUGCAGGAGCAGUGCCCGAUCAUGACGUUCUCGGUGAACUCGGCCGACCGGCUCGCCCUGCUCAACAUCUCCUCCCAGGGGCUGCACCUGUGGGACCUGCAGGACAAGUGUCUGGUGCGCCGGUUCCAGGGCGUCACGCAGGGCAACUACACGAUCUACUCGUGCUUCGGCGGCGUCAACGAAAGCUUCGUCGCGAGCGGCAGCGAAGACAACAAGGUGUACAUCUGGCACAUCCGCCGGGAGGAACCGCUGGCGACGCUGAUCGGGCACACGCGCACGGUCAACUGUGUCAGCUGGAACCCGGUCUAUCCGGCGCUGCUGGCGUCCGCGUCCGACGAUGGGACGGUGCGGAUCUGGGGCCCCCAGCAACCGCAAACCCAGUGGACGGCGAACGGUAGCGGUGUGGCCAACACGCUCCAGCACCAUCCGCAGGUGCACACGAACGGUAGCGGUGGUGGUGUGGGUGGUGCCGCCGACAGUGCCUCGAUCAGCUCGACCGGUUCCGCCACCUCGACGUCCUCCUCCACCUCAUCCUCAAGCGGUGGCGGUGGUGGUGGUUCUGGCCAUCCGCCCAACGUAGGAGGUGGAGCAGGAGGACCCGGUGGCAGUAUCGAAGUGCUAUCGACAUCGUCCUGGAAUAUCACAUAAUGUUAGAUAUUUAAUGAACCCCAAUCACCCCCCUCCCAGGUCUCAAGAGCGUUUAGCGUUUAAGGAACGAAGAACGGUUGUCCACCAUCGCCCCACACGCGCCUGCUGCACCCACAAAGCCGCCAUCAUGCAGCAACAAUGAGAAGCGCUUGUGUUUGCGGGUGUGUAUGUGGUGCGUGUGAUUCGUUACAUUGCUACUGCUGCUGCUGUUGCGCUUGUCGGUCGCCUGCAUCGGUCACCAUGUGCACGUUGUUGUUGCUGGGCGCGAGAAAGGCGCCAACUGUAAACAGGAAAGGAAGGAACGGUGGUGGCGGUGGUGCAAUAAAGCGCUUAGAUCGACGAUCGAAGACGGCUGCUGCUGCCUGCCUGCCUGCCUGCCUGCAUCCGUUAAAGGUCGGCAGUUUCAAAUUCGAUAGGGGCAAUAGUGUGUGUGUGUGUGUGUGUGUGUGUGCGGAUUGUAAGUGGCGCGAAAUGGAAACCACAGAAUGUAUGAAGCUUAGAACCACACCAUACACACGAGAAACAAAACACAAAAACCUUAGACAUUAAACGGUAGUUUUAAUAAUCGAACGAAUAUAAGAAAAAGCUUGCAGAAAACGAAACCAUAUAAUCGCAAUAGUAAAGGAAGCGGCACUGUGUGUAAGAAGAGGUUAAUAAAAUGCAAGUUGACGUUGAAUAAGAAAAUUAAUACAACCGAACGAAAGAGAGAGAACAGAGAGAUAACAGAGAGAGAGAGAGAGAGAGAGAGAGAGAGAGAGAGAGAGAGAGAGAGAGAGAGAGAGAGAGAGAGCGAAAGAUGUGUUAAGCGUUAAGAGAGCGUUUCUCUAUAACCACACCGAUAGACGAUUGUAAAACUUUGUAAUGCGCUAGAGAGUGAGAAGCAAUCCCGAUCGAUUCGCACACCCGUAGCAAAUAAUGGAGCGCUGGGGCGGGCGUGUUGAAUGGUUCAUUCGAUUCGAUAUGAAUCGAAGCAAGCAAUGGAUGAUGAGAAUGGGGCUGUCAUCAUCGUCACCGGCAGCAGCAGUAGCAGUAGUGCAGCAGCAUCAGCGGAGCAACAUUUGGUUUAUUUACCGAUUGGCUUAGAUUAAUUAUGUAAGGUAAAACACAAAACUGAGUCCGCGAUUAUCCGAUGCUAGAUACCACCGCCGCCGCCAGGAUGUCGCGCGUUUAGUAAAGCAGGAGAAAAUUGCACCGCACGAAAGGGCGGGAAGGAAGCAAGCGAAAACAACGUGAAUAUUUAAGUAGCAAGAGGCAAGUGGGUGUGUGUGUGUGUGCAUUGCGCUGUGCAGUUGUCUCCCCGUGGAGAAGGUAAUAAGAUACGGCACAAAUGGUACGCGAGACAACACCGUUUAUAGAAUGGUUUAGCAUGCAUGCAACGGUUUUUUUUUAAUGUUUAGAAGGCUGAAGCGAAGAAGCAGAAGGGAUCCUCCUUAUCUGGUUAAGCAAAAAAGAAGGAAACCCAUGCUACUAGAACACGUUACAAAAAAAACACAUUAAAUUAUACAUUGUGACUUACACAAAACAAUGCGGCUGAGAUUGUGUUUUAAGUGUCGUUCUUUUACAUUAUUCCGUGCAGCAGAAGAACAAAAAAUUGGUUCAAUUCGUGUUUGUUUGUGUCUUUUUCAUCCCAGCCGUUUUGUUGCUACUAACUGAAUGAGGUAAAAUAAAAACGAACGUGCGAAUCAGA